AUGGUUAACGUGCUUUCACUGCAAUUGACAAGAACCCUUCAGCCGUUCAGAUUGGGAUUCUUUCUGAUCGCUUUACUAGCUUUUGUCUUUGCUCUUCUAGUUGUCGUCGAAAAUGUGGCUCUCUUUAUUGGAACCACUGUUGGCUCGACAUCUUUAUCAAUUUUAUUAUUACCCUAUUUUCUCUCUUGGCUUCUCCUCUUCUUUGCCGUAUUCUUUGGCAGAAUCGCCUAUGAGUUGCAUACAAAUCGUUUCCAAAAAACCGAACCAAGACUACAAACUGCUUGGACGCCAGAUUCUCGACCUUGUACCCCGUCGGUUUAUGACAUUGAGACUCAUUCACAGUGCUCACAAGAUACACUAUUGCAAGGAGAUCUUUUGCAAGCAUCAAUCUUUCUUGGAAAUCCACAUUAUAUCCCUGAAGAGAUAUCAAGAGAGAUUGAUCAACCACCAGCUUAUGAUGAGGUUGUGAUUCGAGCAAAUCAUGGACAUCUUCUCGCUUCUCGAAGCCCAUCAACACCUAGAGCGGUUUCUGCUCCAAGCGCUAUUCUAAGCGUUUGCCCACAAAGGAUCCUCAAUUCCUCUCGUUCUCCAAUUUCUGGCGACUCUCAAUCCACCACACCAAUUGGU